GGGCAAUUCGUCGGCGGAGACAUUUUUCUUUUCUGUGCAUUUCAAACAUCUUUAACGUAAUCUGCCUUUUCGGGGUUUUGCGCUUGUCUGCUUUGAGUGCAGUGGCGUGCAUCACUAGACACGAACUCCCAGCUGAGAAAUUCUCCUCUGCUCAUGUUGUCACUAUUCCGUUCUUUCUCUCUUUCUGCAUUUCUGUUGUUCUCUUUACUGCCCUUCUAAAGUCUCGGCCAGGGAGCUCUUCCCAGCCAACCUGAACGUUCCAAAAUCUACAGAAACACAUCUGAAACUGGUCGUUUUCUUUUUGUAUUGUUGGUUGUAUUUGGAGUAGCUACCUUACUGUCGUUGUUGCUGGCUGCUCCGCGGAUUGGGCCUCUAAGGGUUCCUUCGUCGAAGAUGCAACCCCCAAGUAAGAAAGUUCUCUGCAACGUGGUCUUGCUUGUUAUCCUGAUCAUACUGUCUGCCGCCACCGUCGAAUACCGCAUCCUUCAUGAAGCAAUUCUAUCAGGUAGAGUCGCAAGUGUAGUUGAGAGUCGCAACCGCUUUAACCCUUUCUCAGAGGAUCUGUACAGCUUCGUGGCGCGACAACAGUUAUUCCUUGCAGGGGAUGGCAAGCACAGCUGCGUCACCCUGUCCUUCUACCCGCAAUCCGACAAGGUCGGCGGCCCAGCUGCGGUGCAGCUUCACAACAACAAGAAUGCCUCGUCGAGCCCUCUCCCCUCAUCGCCGCCUCGCACCACCCCGCUGGAGGCUAUUCGUCUGCGCAGCUCCAUCAUUCUGAAAGAGGCCUCCGUCUUGCGGGCAUCGCCCAACACAAUACCCUGGCGGGUGCAGACGGAGCGUCUGGCCAGUUCGCUGAUGACUUCACCCCGCACGACCACGCUCGUGACGACGACGGUGCCGGAUGCAGCGCCAAUCCCCACUGCAGUUCAUGUGGAAGGACCGCUGGUGCCCUCCUCGCUGUCUUCCAAUUUUCCUUCCACCGUCCGCCAAACGCAGCAGCCGACGAUGCAGACGGAGGCGGCCACGCCGGCGGCAAUGAAGCAUGAUGCGCCAAAGAGUGUCAACGCGGUUAUUCUUCUCAUGAGCCCGACCUUCUCGAGCGAGACGGUGCCGACCUCGGUGCAGGUCGACACGACGUCACCGCAGGGCUUCACGAACGACUUCGCACAGCCUGUACCACCACCUGGGACGGGAGCGCCGACGGAGACGACCACGACCUCUGCCACACCGUGGCGCUGCCGCCGGUGUCAGCAGUUCUUAGAAAAACUCCUGCCCACGCUGGAGACGGAGUACCUGAGUCGGUACCCCUAUCCGGUCCACAUUCUGCACCGGGGCAUCAUGCCGAGCGAGGUGGUGCAGUACAUCAUCACGGUUUUAGCCUCCGCCUCGCGCAUCACGAUUGAGGACAUCUCCGGCGUGCUGGCGGAGAAGGUGACGCUCACGAGCUCGAUGGUGCUGGAGCCGUGGCUGAAGGAAAUCGGCGCGGACCUGUACUAUCGGAGGCGGUUUUCCACCUUUCCACCCAUGUCCACUGCCCCUCCCGAGACGCCACCGCCGACGGAGGAGACAACAACUGGAGCUGGGCUUGUUGGCGGCGGAGGGGAGAUGCUAACACCGGUCGUGGUCCCCGGCACUGGGGUUGGCGCGGGUGGCGGAGCUGGGGGCGGCAACAACGGUGGAGGCUUCACCGAGGCCACCAACACACCGGCAGGGGGAAACCACAACAAUGACGUGGGCCCCUACGAUGAUGCGGACGGCACUCUCCAGGCGCUGCGCGAGCGCUGGGAGCUGCGUCGCUUCUGGGCUGGGCCGCUCUCUAUGCUGUCCAGCCUGCAGUCGUAUGACUACUUCUGGUAUCUCGGCAGCCAGUCGCACUUGACCAAGCCGCUCGCAAGAGACGUGCUGGCGGACGUCGUGAACCACACCUGUGCAGUGGCCUAUCACCAGCUCUCCUACCUCACCCACAAGCGUGUGUCCGAUCUGUGGAGGACAAUGCUUGACUGGAAUGAGCAUUCUGCCGGGUUAUACUUUUCACAGGACGAGCUGGAACGCGCGCUGUCGUGGUUGUCUGACGAUCUGGGCGUCUACGGCGGCAAGAUCUACUCGUCAGAUUGCUAUAUUAUGUCCUUCGCGGUGACUCGGCAUCCAGCGUACGUUGACUUUUUCCACUGGAUCGACAGCCGACCACCGUAUGGCCUCAUGAAGAAGCAGUGGAGCCCGCUGGCCAUUUAUACAGUGUUCGCCCAACUACUCAUGGAAAAGCAUGGAUGGGACGCGUGUUGGCUCGAUCCCCUCUCUGGCUACCGCACUUCUUAA